AAGUCACACUGUAGUUUGUCCUGUGCAGGUGUAGUUCUUCUGCCUCACAUAGCUGAUUUGAGUUUCGUAUUUUGACACUUGUUGGGACAGCUACAGCUCAGCAUUUCUGACUGCAGAUCUAGAGAGGGAAUUCAAUGUUCACGCUCCGGUGAAUGCAUCAACAUGCUCGACCUGGCAGGCGAGUUUUUGCAUGUAGCUGUGUGCGGGUUCACAUUGCACGGGUCAGAACAGUAGGAGGAUCCUGCAGACUGCAGGAGUACUGCCCUGGACUGCCCAGCCUUGUAAUACAGUGCACUGCAGAGUACUCGAUGUCCUUGUAUUUUAUUUUAUUUUUAGUCUGUUUUAUUGUGACCACACCGGUUAAAUAAAUACAUGACGUGUUGUUGACGGAAACGGAGCAGGUCGAGUUCAGACUCGUCCGGGGCUCGGCGACGUUCGCGUUUCGCACUUUACACCAGCGCUAGUUCGUCAGUGUUUUCACUUUCGCGAUCGUCUCGUUUCAAGGCUGACUGACAUGUCGCGCUGACGAGCCAGCGUCGCUUUCAGUAGCAGGGGAAGAGGCCCAGACAUGGAGGGACCCGAGGAACACCCAGACGCCAAGAAAACGCCGAGCUGCUUUGACAGGACGUGCUCGGCUCUGACCGUGGACGACGUGUACGAAAUAGCCAAACUGAUCGGCGCCGAGGUGGAGAAACUCAUCGACGGCCAUGGCAGAGAGAGCGUCGCGGGGCUGGUGCCGAGAGUAGUGAAAGUGCUGGAGCUGCUGGAGAGCUUCGCCUCCAGGAACCAUGCCCACAAACUGAGGGAAGAGGAGCUGCUGAGGACCUUCGAGACGAUACAGCUGCAGCAGCAGAAGAAACGUGGUGGGAAAGAGAGCGCGGAGGGCGGCGAUAAAGCUGCGGCACGGGAGCUGCAGCAGAAGGAGCAGCAGUGGAGGAGGAGGUGUGAGGAGCUGCAGGUCCAGGCAGAGCAGCUCCAGGAGGACAAGGAGGAGCUGCAGAGCAGGCUAAAGGGCAGUCAUGCACAGGGAGACCGUGUCAUGCGGCAGGAGCGAGAGGUGAUGCUGAAGCUGAAGCAGGUGGUCGACAAGCAGAGGGAUGAGCUGAGGGCCAAAGUUCAGGAGAUAACCACCAUCUCCAAAGAGGUGGAGGCGCUCCAGGAGCAGCUGGACCGCUUCAUGAAGAUGAAUGCAGAGCUGCGACACAGGCAGAAUGUGCUGCAGGCUCAGCUGAAGAGCACAGUGGAGAGGAAGGCCGACAUGGAGGCUGAUCUGAAGGAGAAAAACAAAGAGAUAGAAAACCUCCUAGCACAGCUGGACAGACCCAACAGCAGCACCCCUUCCAGUCCAAGUCAAACAGCUCGUGAGUCAACAAAAAGGUCGACGGCUGACCAGCGGGAUCCUGAUCAGCCGUGCUUCACCAAGAAGGAGGUGCGUGACAUCCUGUUCGAGAGGAACGAGCUCAAAACCAACCUGUUCCUGGUGCAGGAGGAGCUCAGCUACUAUCAGAGAGAGAUCCUGAACGAGGAACGGUGUCCAGGUUUCCUCUUAGAAGCUGUCCGCUCAGCCAUCAGAAAAAGGAGAAAGCUCAUUAAAGCCAAGAUGCUUGGAAUUUCUGUGAACGACUGCAGCAGCAGUGACGAGGAGGAGAGGAGUUCUCUGAUUGAGGAGACAGAAGUAGACGGCACACAAGUAAACGGCACUGACAAACCCGCUGAGUCACGCAUUCGUAACCUCUUUGGCUUCCUGACAUGGACGGCCAGCAGCCGGAGCCCGACCCACGUGAGCAACUCCGCCUCCAGCUGGGAGAUCAUCGGAGACUCAGAGGCCCCCGAUGAGACGGAGCAGCGGCCGUCUUCCUGAGCCUGGUAGUGGACCCGAGAUUGUCUUCAUUCGACCUGAAACACACACCCUUCUCCCCUCGGUCACAGCAUCCUCCUCAGCUUGUGGCAGAAAAUCUGGUCGUAGCUCAGUAAAAAGGUGAGGAGGUCAUUUGAAUGCAGCCCCAGUGUGCAUAACACAUAAGCACUAUGUGAGUGUGAGAAAAGAGAAUGUGUGAAUUAUUUUUAGACAAACCCUUCUGCUUUAGUUUGAUCAUGAUUACUUUCAUUUCCCGCUUUGUUACUUCACCUUUGUCCCCUUAUUUUCCAUAGAAGUGAUAAAUAAGAAGAACACUGUUUAACUACAGUAUAGGAAGCACAGUUUUCCACGGUAUCUAGAGGGAAACCUUUUUUACUCACCACAACAGAGAUUCUUCUUUUUGUGUAAAUAUAAAUACAAAAAAUAUUUUUUUUCUUCAUUUUAGCGAAAGUUUUAUUGUUGGUAAUUUUCCAAAAAUUAAGUUACUAUGCAUAGAUAUUUAUAUAGAUCCUUAACCAUUUUUAACAAAAACCAAAGACAUUACAAAGAUAUAUAUUCUGAAAGAACCCAUUCACCCCAGUAAUAUGGAAAACAGUAUAUGAAGUUAAUCUCUGUUUCACAAGAGGGCAUUGGUUCAUUUUAUAACAAAUAAAAACUAUUUUACCACAAAAGAUUAUCAUGUAACUUUUAUCUUAUUUUUAAUCCAUGUGUUUACUCAUACAUUUUUCAUGAUUUUAAGCAUUUUUAAGCUCAAGGAAAAAGAAAAGUUGUAGUCAUGGUACAAGACUCUUCCGGCAGGGAGUGCGUGUAAAUAAGCCUUAACUUGCUAAAAGUAUAUUUUCUUAAUUUUCAGUGAGUUGUUGCGUGGCACCAAAGCAUUUGGCUGGAGUGUAUUUGAUAUUGGUGCCAUAAGUGGUGUGUACACAGACACGUGCUUUAGCUGGUGUACCAGCCUCUGACCAGUGGUUACUUUACUUUUAAAGGAAGUUUCGCGCUUCCCCGUGGAAAUGAGAAGUGGUGUGGGAAAUUUUUUUUUUUUCUUGAAAAUUAGCUGGCCGUUGUUAUGUGACGCCUGUGUUCCCUCUAUAAGUCUGACGAUAACACUACUCAGACAGACCAGGUGGUGUUGUAUUUAUUGAGAGACAAUGUAUGACCUUCAGAUCAGACCAUGUUUUCCCGAAUUGCUAUGUUUUGCAAUCUAUUUUUGUAAGCAUGUUUUUACUGGAAGUUAAUGCUGACAAAAAUGCAUUUAAGAUGUCUUUUGCCAUGCGAGUGAACUUUAUUGAAAAUGUGAUAAAAACAAUACAUAAUGUGGUUUUUCUGUGAUAUUGAAAUUUAAAAAUUCAUGCAAUAAAAUCCACUCAA